AGCAGCCCUGACCGUGAGUGUGAAAUGUGUAGGGGUUUGAGUGAGUUGUCCCCCAAUCCCCAUUCUCUUUUCAUUUCUCUCUCUCGUAGUCGUAGAUUAUAUCAAAAUCCCUCGACCCUUUCUCUAUCCUCUCUGUCUCUCUCCACACUCCAAUUCUCUCUCCAUACUUGAAUUAUCGCCCGCGGAUCUAUCUCCUCUCUAGGUCUACAAUUUUAUCUCCUUUUCUCUUUAUUAUACAUAUAUGGAGCAUAUAGUAUUUGUGUUUUAACUUGUUUGUAUGUUGUAUGGGACUGGGGACUGAUUUCUGUUUUGGGGGGUUGAGUUUUCGGGAUUUAUUUUCAACUUUUUUGGUUCCUGCGAUUUGAGUGGGGCUUAAAUGCCCUUUGGAAACGUUCUUUGAGAUUGAGUAUCUAUCUGCGUAAGAUGUUCUCGAGUUUUCCUGCAAUUCUCGAGUUUAGUUGCAAUCGGGACCCCUUUCCCCUUUGUGAAAUUCAAUCCUGCCCACUGCAAGAGGUUUAGUUUGUUUAGUGGAAUAAUCUCAUCCACUCUUUAGCUUCUCUAGUUAUGUGGACAUGCUAGCAGCUUUAGUAGUGAAAUAAUUUCUUUGGGGUAUCCGUUAUAUCUUUAUCCCUCUUUUGGUUUUGAGAUUGUGCAUGCCUCCACAGUCCUCGUUGACUCAUUACAGCUGUAAUUCGCAAAUUUUAUUGGAUCACAAGGGAGGCUCCACAGCCUUUUGAAGAGCCUUCUGACUUAUAAGGAAAAAGGAAAUAUACUUGCUUGAGGAAAAGUUCUCUUCAUGACCUUUUGACAUUUUAAGAAUGUCAGGGUUGCUCAAUUCAUCACUGAACGGAUCUACUUCAAGCCUUCCUGACAGCACAGGGCGUUCAUAUACUUCGUCCUUUUCUGUACAGUCUGGUGCUGGUUCUCCUGUUUUUCAUCACACUGGAAAUAUGCAGGGACUGCAUAAUCUUCAUGGAAACUUUAAUGUUCCAAACAUGCCAGGUGCGCUUGGAUCGAGAAGUACAACUAUGAAUAACAUUGCUUCAAGUGGGUUGCAACAAGCUUCUGGCAACCUUUCUACCGGACGUUUUGCAUCCAACAACCUUCCAGUUGCUCUUUCUCAGAUAUCUCACAGCAAUACACAUGUUCAUUCAGGGAUGGCAAGUAGGGGUGGUAUGAAUGUCAUAGGAAACCAAGGGUAUAGUAGCAGCACUAAUGGAGUUGGUGGUUCUAUCCCAGGGAUCCUACCAACAUCUGCUGCAAUUGGCAAUCGGACGUCUGUUCCCGGUCUUGGUGUGUCUCCGGUCUUAGGAAAUGCAGGGCAACGGAUUACAAGUUCAAUGGGUAGUAUAGUUGGUGGGGGCAACAUUGGCCGAAAUAUUAGCUCAGGUGGAGGGCUAUCUAUGCCUGGGCUUGCUUCUCGCUUGAAUUUAUCUGCCAACAGCGGUUCUGGAAAUCUAAGUGUGCAAGGACAAAAUAGGCUGAUGAGUGGUGUGCUUCAACAAGCUUCUCCACAGGUAUUGUCAAUGUUGGGCAGUUCCUAUCCUUCUGCUGGUGGUCCUCUAUCUCAAAACCAUGUUCAAUCUAUGAAUAAUCUUACAAGUAUGGGCAUGUUGAGUGAUAUGAAUUCCAAUGAUGGUGCCCCUUUUGAUAUUAAUGAUUUUCCUCAGCUGAAUAGUCGUCCCAAUUCAUCUGGAGGCCCUCAAGGACAAAUAGGGUCAUUGCGAAAGCAAGGCCUUAGUCCUAUUGUUCAACAAAAUCAAGAGUUCAGUAUCCAAAACGAAGAUUUUCCAGCCUUACCUGGAUUUAAGGGUGGCAACAUGGAUUACUCAAUGGAUAUGCAUCAGAAAGAACAAAUUCAUGAUAGUUCUGUUUCUAUGAUGCAGCCUCAUCAACAUUUUUCAAUGGGACGGUCUUCCGGUUUCAACUUGGGUGCAACUUAUUCACCCCAUCGGCCACAGCAGCAGCAACAUACUCCAUCAGCAAGUGGUAGUGGUGGGCCUUUUUCAAAUGUAAAUAACCAAGAUCUGCUCCAUGUACAUGGUUCGGAGUUGUUUCCAUCAUCACAUUCGAACUAUCAUUCACAGAGCAGUGGACCCCCAGGAAUUGGAUUGCGGCCUCUAAGUAGUCCAAGUUCAGUAUCUGGUAUGGGGUCAUAUGAUCACCUACAACAAUAUCAGCAGCAUCCCAAUCAAUCCCAAUUCCGCCUUCAACCAAUGUCUGCUGUUGGUCAGCCUUUUAGGGAUCAAGGAGCAAAGUCCAUGCAGGCUGCCCAGACAGCCUCUGACCCAUUUGGUUUGCGUGGUUUGUUAAGUGUGAUAAGAAUGAGUGAUCCUGAUUUGACAUCUCUUGCACUUGGAAUUGACCUAACUACGCUUGGAUUGAACUUGAAUUCUACGGAAAAUCUUCACAAAACAUUUGGUUCCCCAUGGUCAGAUGAGCCUGCAAAAGGCGAUCCAGAAUAUGCUGUGCCGCAAUGUUAUUAUGCCAAACAACCACCACCUUUAAGCCAGGCAUACUUCUCAAAGUUCCAAUUAGAUACGCUGUUCUAUGUUUUUUAUAGUAUGCCAAAGGAUGAAGCUCAAUUAUAUGCAGCAAAUGAGUUAUACAAUAGAGCCUGGUUUUAUCAUCGAGAUCUCCAUUUAUGGUUUACAAGAGUUAGCAACAUGGAACCUCUUGUAAAGACAAGUGCUUACGAGAGAGGUUCUUAUAUCUGUUUUGAUCCAAACACAUGGGAGACAAUUCGAAAGGAUAAUUUUGUUCUGCAUUAUGAAAUGUUGGAAAAGAGACCAGUUCUACCUCAACAUUGACAAAUAUGCUCCUUGUAAAUUUUCAGGUUCAUCCUGUUCUUUAGGAUAGAGGCAAGCUUGCCUUAAAUGAUUCUCUUGUCUGACCAUUGUAAGCAAUCAUUGCAGCAAUGAUAUCUUAUUGCUUGUUGUUGUAAUUUCCCUGUAUCUUUUUAAUGAAAUCAAGCAUGAAGCAUCAAUUAACUUA